UGGAAAUUUUCUCAUUCCUUUUCGAACUGCUAUCACGACAGUACUGCUAAAUUAAUUUUAACGUAGCUUUUAAAUCUCGGAACAACGUCCAAAUUCCUGGUUCCCUGACAAACCAAAACUGAACAAGGGAAUUCGAAAUUUACUGCAACAUCCGUUUUCGUUUUUUUGGAAUCUGAAGCUGAACCGAUUCCUGGCUGAGGUAGCAAAAUGUCCGUCUUAAGAGCUUUGACUCAGUUGCGGUUGCCCCGGAGCUCCCAGUUUUUUGCCAAGCGCGAUUAUUCCGCGAAACCGGAACAGUGCACCAGUCCCCCCUCGAAAGGUCUCAUUCUGGGCAUGUACGUGGAUGAGCAUGACUUCGAAGACUCUGGCACCUUUACGCGAGCUGGAGCUCGCUAUAAUGAGCACAAUACCAAUGGCCGUUUGAUUGAGCUGGUGCGACUUGCUGGUCCUAUUCCUAAACGGGGAGAGGUACGCAUUUUCUACGAUCUGGAGCCAUCGUUCAAAACAGUAGCGGUUUGUGGUCUCGGUAACGAAUGUCUGGGCUACAAUAAAGCCGAAAAGCUGGACGAGUCGAAAGAGGCCAUUCGCAUUGCGGUGUCCUCUGGCUGCCAGGCGCUGCAACGAUUGGAGACGAGCUUCAUCUACGUGGAGGAUAUGGGACACGCUGAGACGGCAUCCGAGGCAGCGAAUAUGAGUGUUUGGGUAAACCAGGACCUUAAAAACCCAAAGAGUCGCGUUUUCAUACCGUACAUCAACAUGCACGUCGAUCGAGGUAUUCCUUGCGAUUCGGAUGGAUGGAGAAUUGGAGCCAUCAAAGCUGAAGCUCAGAAUUUGACCCGUGCGCUUCAGGAAACCCCUUCAAACAGGAUGACACCUACAACUUUUGCGCAAAAUGUUGUUCAGCUACUGGCGAAUUCUGGAGUGAACGUUGAAGUCAAGGUUAAAAGCUGGGCCAAAGCGCAAGGUAUGACCUCUUUCCUGACCGUGGCCAAAGGUUCUUGUGAACCUCCGAUUUUCAUGGAACUAAGUUAUUAUGGAGCAAGCUCAAAGGAACGUCCGAUAGUUUUAAUCGGCCAAGGUAACACGUUCGAUUGCGGAGGCCUUGCGUUGAAACAUUGCAAAACAUUGAAACAUAUGCGAGGUGACAUGACCGGAGCUGCCUGUGUCGUUGCAACCUGCCGGGCUAUCGCUUCUCUCAAGCUUCCAGUCAACAUCCGGGUAUUGAUUCCGUUGAGCGAACACAUGCUUGGUUGUAACGCAAUGAAGCCAGGGGACGUCAUACCGAUGAAAAAUGGAAAAUCGAUCGAAGUCGUGGACGCACGCAAGGAAGGACCCUUGGUCCUUGUGGACGCUCUCUUGUACGCAGAAACCUACGGUCCCAAGUAUAUCGUAGAUGUGUCUACCUCGUCGUCCAAAGUGCUGAGUGCCUUUGGUCAGGUUUGUUCCGCUGUUUACACCAACUCGGAAACCUUGUGGCAACGAAUCAAAAACGCCGGAAUGCAUACCGGAGACCGGCUGUGGAGAUUACCAUUAUGGAAUUAUUUCACCCAGCAGAUCAAAGCGGUUGAACAUGUCGAUGUUCAAAACGUGGGCAAAGGUGUUGGGGGAGAAUCUUGCUGUCAGGCUGCUUUCCUACGAGAAUUCCUUCCGUGCGGUAAAUGGAUGCAUAUCGACGCUAGCAAUGUUAUGCUUUCCAAAGGUGACGAUUAUCCCUACUUAAGGCCGGGAAUGGCUGGACGACCCACUCGAACACUGAUCGAAUUCAUCGCUCAAAGUUGCUGCAAGAAGCAACAAGAAGCCAUUAAAGCCGGUAAGCUGGAUGUUACCGGUAGUUAGUUUACAUCUUGAAUUAACCCUCAUGUAUUUAUUAUUGAUUUUUAACGAGUAAAAAUUUUUACAACAUCCAAA